CGGCAGUCGUUUCUGAUAAAUAUAAUAGCAAUCAGGCUAUGUUUUUGUUUAAACUCUUAAUGAGGAUAUUAAGUCCUCUGUUUCCGAGAGCACACACAUAAUAUGUCUAACAAAUAUUUAUAAACCUAUGGUUUUUAGGAAAAAUGGAGGGUCAGGUUUCUGUAGUUUUGCAAUGUAAGUGGCUUACAUAUUUUUAUGGGGUCUAAUCGUACAAACUAUCCUAAUCUUCUGCCGAAUUCAUCUGGUCCACCUCGUUCUAAUUAUGGAUCUGUAAAUGGUCAUUAUGUUCCUAGCAUUGAACCAUCAAUAAUGGACGGAGUCUCUGUAGAUGGAAGGAUGUCUAUCACGAGGAGAUUUUUUAUUCUGUUAACAGUGUUUGACCUUUUGUUUACUUUCCUUGUGUGGAUUAUUUGUACAGUAAUAUCUACAGAUAGCUCUAUUGCUACAGCUCUUAAAAAUGAAGUCCUGAAUUAUAACAUAACAUCUUCCCUGUUUGAUGUUGUGGUAUUAGGAUUAGCUAGAUUAUUUCUGAUUGCUUUAUUUUAUGUAGUUAUUAGAUUGUCUCACUGGUGGGUAGUAGCACUUACUACCACUGGAACUACAGCUUUCAUCAUUACAAAAGUGUUCUUAUAUAAAUGGGCUCAUUCUAAUACAACAGCAUCUGUUGUGCUGAUACUAUCUUCAUUUGUAUUGUCUUGGGGAGAAGCAUGGUUUUUAGAUUUUAGGGUAUUACCUAUAGAAUCAAAGGCCAACUCAUUAUUAGCAAAAUAUGAUGAAGAGCAAAAUCCAGGCUUGUCUCAUCCAGCAUUAUCUCGCUCCCAAAGUGAUGAUGGAAGUGCAUUUUAUUCUCCUCCAGUCUCUGAUGGAGAAGAUAAUGGCAAAGAACAUGAUGGUAGUACUGUUUCUGAAGUUGAAUGGCUAUCACCGAAGAAUAGUAGAGAAUUACCAGCUGAUAAAGAAUACAAGCAAUUAGCUGAAGAAGCUCUACAAAAGGCUAUUGCUGUUGUAGAAUCCAAUGGUUGGAAAGUUGAAAGAUCUGAUGGGGAUGACAAAAUCUAUUCUAAAGUUAUUCCCUCAUAUGGAAAGGUUUUUAAAUUUGAAGGUAUUUUAAACAUAUCACCUAAGAAGGUUAUCGAUUUAUUGUACUUUAAAGGAGAAGAAAUGCAUAAAUGGAAUCCUACAGUAAAAAAAGUUCAGAUUAUCAAAAAGAUUGAUGAUAACUUAGAUAUUGCUCAUGUAAUCGCUACAGAAGGAGCUGCUGGUCUCGUUUCAAGCAGAGAUUUUGUAAACAUCCGAAUAUGGAAAAACGAGGAUUUGAAAAUUCUUCAUGGGUCUGUUGCUACUACUCAUCCAUCUGUACCUGCUAGUGGAAAAUAUGUCAGAGGUGAACAAGGACCUUGUGUCUACAUCAUUAAUCCCAUCUCUGAAGAAAAUGAUAAAUGUAAGCUUCAAUGGCUUCUGAACACAAACUUAAAGGGAUGGAUACCACAAUAUCUAAUAGACCAAACUUUAUCUACUGUUAUGUUUGAAUAUAUCCAGUCCUUAAGAAAAUAUACUUCAACUUAACUAUAAUUUCUUAAUCAUUACUGUGUUUAAAUGAUACUCAUUUCUUAAAUCCUAAACAAAUGUUUAGAUGCUUUUUAUCUUGACAUUUCAUAAUGCUGAUAUCAUUUUUAACGCUAUAUGAUUUAGAGUCAUUUUUCAGUUUUAUAAUGUACAUAAUUACACUUGGGGCUUAUGGUUGUAUUCGAAUCCAUGUUUUCAAAAUUGUAUUUUAUUUAUAUUGAUACUAUUUUAUGUAUGCCCUAUCUUCUGUUAAUUACAUAUUCAUUGAUUUUAUUUUUUAUUUAAAUCUUUCUAAUGCAUUGAAAAUUACAAAUUUUUUUAACAUUGAUGCUAGUCGGUGCUUUUGAAUUUUUGCAAAUGGACUAUGAAAAAUUUUCAUGUUAUUCUUAUUGUUUUUAUCUAUUAUCAAUCUAUUUUAUGAAUAAUUUAAAAAAAAAUUGAAUUUGGUUAACAGAAAUUAUUUACAUUUUUAAGUUGAUAGACGAAGUUUAAAAAUUUCUAGAUACCUAUUGCAUACUAUCCUAGGUCUCAAAUAAAUUUAUGAGGUUUAUAAUCACCAUUCCCAAAUAAAUGAAAAAAAUGGUAAAAAAUAAAAAUAAAAUUUUUUAGAUGCUAUAGUGAUCUUUUGCUUUGAAUUUGUCUGCUUGUAAAGAGAAGGCUUUAUUUUUUGUUAUUUUUAUAAAUAUUUUCAAUAAAAUAAAUUAAUUCAAAGUUACAUGAAUUUAUCACAUCAUUCACUAAUAAGUUUUAUUCCAUAAUUGUUUUCUUUUUGUCUUUAUACUGUGUGUUUAAUUUCUGAAUUCUUAAUUAGACAAUUUGUAUUUUAUACAUAUGUGCCAUUGUUUAAUUUAUAAUUCAUAAUUAUGUAUGUCGUGUUACAUAUAGUCAAUUUUUUAUCAUGAUUGUCAUAUAUAUAUAUAAACGGCUGAGUGGUAGCGCUUUGCUCUUCCGUGCCACAAGUCUUGGGUUCGUUCCUUGAGCCGGGCAAGGUUGACUCAGCCUUUACCAAGCAUGCUUGGACACUAAGCACUGGGAGUUCCGUAUUCGGCUGACCACCUGAUCGGAGCAUCUGCUCUUACACCUCAGAGCCCAAGGUCAAGAAAACUAAGAUGGGCAUAGUAAGCCUUCUGUCGUGCCACUGAGUUUAGUUUAUAUAUGUAAACUUAACUGCCAAUUUACUUUACCAUACACCAUUUCUUAUAAUAAAUUGGUUUUUAUUUUAUGUAAAAUUUUAGCGUUAACUUAUUUUAUAUGGAUUAUGUCUAGUCAAUUUUAAAUCGAAAAAACCAUUUAAAUGUAUGUGUAGUUUAUUAAGUUUUUAGUGUAACAUAUUUUCUCAAUGAAAGCUUGGGGCUUUUACUGCAUAUAUUUACUGCUUAAUAAAACUUUUCGACGUUUAAAGAACAUUCAAAGUGUUUUUGUAUGGCUAGAAGUCCUUGUUUUAAAGAGCUUAAUAUACUGUUUCUGUGAAGUGCAACAAGAGCCUUAUUUUUACUCUAUUAUAAAUUAUACAUUUCUUAUUAUACUGUUAUUAAAUUCAUUAUCUUAGUUCUAAAUAUUAUGGUAUUAAAAAUGUGAAGUUGCAAUUCAAAAGGACUGAACUACAAAAUUUUUCAUUUCUAAAAAAUUGCUGACGUUUACACUAUAAUAAAUUUAAAAACACAUUUACCUUCUUUCAUUAUUUUUGUGUAGCUUAGAAAAAGUGGAGAGUAAUGCUCAAAGGAUUAACUCUUUACCUGCCAUUUUCUUAGCACUUAACUAUUUUGAAUAAUAAGCUUUUUAUUAAUAUUUAUUGUUCCUCAAUACAAAAUAUUUUUAUAUGAGGUAUAUUUUGUAUCAAGGGGUUUUUGCUGUGUACUAUAACUGUCAGAAAAAUAUAAUUUUCAAAAUCAUUAUCAAAAUUUUUGUUACUUCAUCCUGUCUGAACAUUUAUAAAAGACCCAAUAAUAAGUUUUAAAAUCAACAAAAUGGUAAACAUUAGAAAAAUUAUUUUAAAAAUAUCAUUAUUUUCAUUGUUUAGUUUAUAAUAGACACAUCUGUAUGCUGAAUACUUUUGCUAUGUUUUAUAAAUAUAUGGUGAUAAAUUUUUUUGUAUUAAGAUGAAAUAAAACGUGACUUUAGACUACUUUAAAUUAAAUUAUGGUGUCAUUUUAAGCUCUUGCCGAGUAAAUUAAAACCAUUACCUGCAAUGUAACAGCUCAAUUAUUCAUUUAUUUUAUUUAACCAUACUUGCUUCAAUGAUUAUACUUCCAAAAUAAAAAAUUCUUGGAAGUCUUAAUCUAUACAGUGUAGCAAAUAUAUAUUGAGACUUCCAACUUGUAAUACAUUAUAGGUUUCAUUUUAUGGUGCUUUCUGUAUAUCUGUUUGUAAAUUAUGCUGUAUGGAUGUCAUGUUUUUUUUUUUUUUUUAAUCAAAUGUAGUAUUUUCUAAUCAGUUUUGAUUUGCUCAUUAAACAAUUUUAUUUUUGAGUGUA